AUGACUUCCCCCAGACUCAUUCUCACCUGGCAGGAAUAUAAAUACCUCAUAGAUGAUGCCAUAAAUAAAAGCAAGGACUCUGAACAGCCAAAGAAUGACGUAAUUGUGCUGAGUGACCGGUCCCAGAUACUGUUCAAAGAAACUCACUUCCCUCAAAAUAUGCCACUUAUAUGCCAGUACUUCAAUGAUGCAUUCUUCUUUGCCUCCCUCUCAUGGGUGAACUCCUACACGAAAGAAGUACAGGCUGUAGUCUGGACAAAAAGCAAAACCGAGGACAUGGUUGAGAAGAAAAUAUUUCCCAUGACUGAACGGCUGCCAUCAAUCCAGUUGAUGGUCCACGCUGGUUCCUUUCAUAUCCUCGUGGUCUACUGUGGUGACCUCUUCCUGAGGCUUUUUGGGGAUCACUUUCGGUCCUUCAAAUCUAUGGGCACAGUACCCUGCCGCUUCAACAUCAGCUGCCUCUGCUAUGACCCCGAAUCAAAGAUGCUUCUGUCUGGUAACUUGGGGGGAAUAGUCACCUGGACUAUUGAGCGCAGCGGUACAGGCCUCCAGAUAGCUCACGUGUUUCCCAUACCAGGGGAAGAGCUUGUACAGGACAUUUUGCUGAGUGGCCCUGAUGACUCCCUCCUCGCCCUGUGCGAGACUGUGGUGAGGGUCCUUGAACACCAGGGCCAUGGCCAUCUACAAGAGGUGAAGAGGUUUACCACCUCUAGCAGUGGCUCCGCUAUCACCUGCUGCUUUACCUGUUUUGAACUGGGCUUUCUUUAUGCUGGAAACAAGGCUGGGGAAAUCCAUGUUUGGAGCCUCAAACAAAGUCAUCCUCUCCACAAUUUCAGGGCCCAUUCUUCAGAAGUGAUAUGUGUUCAUAGCCGGCCGGAGGCUCACACUCUGCUAACAGCUGGCCAAGAAGGCACAGUCAAGGAAUGGAAUCUCACCUCUGGGAAUUUACUUCGGCGACUAGAACUCGAAGAGCAGUUAGUCUGCUUCCAAUUUAUUGAUGACACCACUUUUUAUUGCCAAACUGCCCAUAGUUUUUCCUUGCGUCGUCUACCCUGCUUCUAUAGCCUCUUCAACAUCUGUGGCUGUGCCCCCCAGCAGGUACGUCGAAUCCAUUGUGGAGAGAACUGGUACCGAAUACUGUGCGCUACAGAGGAUGGCCUCUUGCGCUUUCUGUCUCCAAUCACGGGGGAUCUUCUGGUUGUCACCUGGCCCUUCGUCAUCCUGGACCAGGCUGUGGAUUGGGCCUAUGAUCCAGGGAAGGAGGAACUCUUUGUAGCCAUGGGCAGCUCAGAGGUGCUUGUGUUUGACACAACCCGCUCCCCUUGUCCAACUAAGUAUUUCUUAGGCACCUCAGCAGAUUCUCAUGAUGUGGUACAGUGCCUGGCUUAUGGGAAUUUCAACUUGGGGCGGGGAGUGGAUGGACUGGUAUUCUCUGGACACCAGAGUGGAGUGAUAAGAGUGCUUUCCCGGCACAGGUGUGCCCGAGUUGAGAAAUUCACCCACUAUGGGGCAGUAUUGGCACUCUCUACAAUGACUGUAGGGAUCUUUUCUAACCGAGAAAGCUCUUUGCUCUGUUCCUAUGGAAUGGAUGACUACAUACACCUAUCAGAAGUAGUGUUUGAAGGAGCUAGAGUACAAAUGCAGCCUCUAGCCAGCGUUCUCAGUAGCUGUCAACUGAAACAUAUGGUCCUCUUGCCCCAUUCUGUGUGUGCCAUCACGGAUACUAACUGCCUACGUUCCUGGAAGUUCCAUGAUUUUCUGUCCACUGGGUCAGACAAAGGCUCAAAAUUCCUAGAAACACUGCCUCUACACCAAUGUAGCAUCAUAUCUUUUGAUGUCUGCUUGACCUUGAGUCUUUUCGUCACAUGUGGUUCUGAUGGCUCUGUCCGGAUCUGGAAUUUCCAUGGUAGACUCGUAGCCACCUUGGAUUCGUCACUUCACUUUGGCCCACUGUGUUUUGCAAAUAACCGGGGUGACCUCCUUGUGAGUUUCAACCAGAGUCUUUAUCUAAUAUCCUCUUUGAAACUGCUUCCUCCAGUCCUGCUGUCUCACUUAUACUUUAUGACUGUACCCGAUGAAGUUCUGGAAGCACCUAAGCCUUUCAUACCAAGUUUCUUUUUCUCUUUUGAGACCAUGUUUGUGCCUAAGUAUAUCUACCGGAGUCAAGGGAAACAGGAAUUAGGGGGUCUAGUGGCACUUAUCAAUAAGCGGGCCAUUGCCUUCGACCAUUCUGUGCCACAUGUCAUAGAAGAAGAUGAGGAUGGGAGCAUUGUGUUAUUAACUGGCCCCCAACGUGAUUCUUUGGAGACAACAACUCUCUUUAGAAAGAGGCCAAAACCUUACCCAUCCACUUAUGUGCUUCCUCCCCAAUUAGUGAUGACCAGCUGGGAUGGGCUCAACCCCUAUCAGAUACUGCGAUGCUACUUUGGUCUGGGACAAAAAUGGCUUCUGGCCCCCGAUUGCUACAUUCCCAACUCUGUGAUCCGUGCCCGUCUUUGGCCAGAAGGCAGCCCAAUAUUUCUACAGUGCAAUCUGCACUCCCCUCAGCGGGAACUGGAAUUGGAAAAGUCUCAACCAUUCUUCUUCUGGCACAGCAGGAAAAGAGUUCUAAGUGAUGCAAAACCUUAUCGAGAAGAGAAAGAGGAGUACAACUUUCUAGAAAAGAGACUAGCCAAGGAGGUCACCUACAGUGUCCUCACAGAUACAAGACGCAGCUGGCUAGGAAAAAGAAUGAGUGAAGCAACUGUGAAUAAUCUGAUUGAGACCAUCCUCACUAUUAUGAUCCAUGCUAAUCCAGUGAAGUAUCAAUGCUGUAUUGGUGCACUAGGGCAAAUCUUUGCCUCUUAUCAAGUUUCUCCAAUCUUGCGCUCUGAUACAGCUCAUCGUUUGCUAGAUGAUACGGUAAAUCCCAACGCAAUGAUCCGAGAACUAGCCUGGGAAGGGUUAAAACGCCUAGGAAUAAUUACGCAUCUCUUUGCCUUGCCUCUGGUCCAAGGACUAUUGGAUAAGGAUCAAAGAGUGAGGAAUAAGGCCCUGGCACUCAUGGCUGAUGCUGGAAUACACUCUAAAACUUCACUCUUAAACUUGUUACAGAGACGAGACCUUUUCCGGGAGUUACAGCAAGAGAUGAUUGGGGAGGAAUCUCUGGACCAUCUGCUGGGCAUUCGACCAGCAGAUAUACAAAUCCUUAUCUCUCAAGUGGAACAGCAACUAAAUGAAAACUUGACCAUGUCAUCAGAUGGUAGAAAGUUUUUUUCUUUAGAUGUCUCAAGAGCUUCUCUCCAUGAACAUUCUUCCUUCCAACUUGAAGAGCUUGAAGAAGAGGUCAAGACACCCAAACCCACAAAACGGUCCCGAACAGCCAGCAAAAAGCACAUGCGCAAAAUAAUUCGAACUCUCAGAAAGAUGAAAGAGGGAGAACCUAAACAAACAAGCACAGAGACACCUGUUGAGACCGAAGGUGAGGACGAAACCACCAUAGCUGAGAUGGAGGACACAUCAAGAAUGUCUUCAGUGAGCAGUGUAAUGAAGGUGCCUAAAGAGGAACCUUCAGAGAAAGAUGUCUCAAAGGAGCACGUGGCUGCAACCAUGAAGUUGCUGAAGAAGCGAGGCAAAGGCAAACCCAGGAAACUCAGAAAGAGAAAGAAAAAAAAGGAAGAAGAGGAGGUAGUUGAGGAACCUUUGCCUCCAGAAAAACCAGUUAGGAGAAGGGUUUAUUCUGGGCGGGGUGCUGCUGGAGCACCUGGUUCUAAAGGAGAUACUUCAUGGAGGAAUGAUCUAUGUCGUCUUAUGGCUCUAAGGAUAUCUACUUCCCACACAGAAAUGGAAAAAGAUCUAGACACUGAGCUGGUGGCUAUAGCUAAGGAGAUGUUGGCAGAUCGCCACCCCAGUUGGGAACUCUUUCAGGAGAUCUGCCCCAGGAGAGAUAGUGAGGAUAUGUUUGAAGCGUUUGACUGGGAAGUAGCCUGGCAUGAGGAGAAACCAACUUUUAUCCAUGAAGCAGCAAUUAGGGAGGACCUGGUGAUCACAGGGGAGCAGGAGGAAGAGGAGGAGGAGAAGUCAUGGAGGCCCAAAGUGCAAGAGGAAAAGGAAGAGUUGGAGGAUGUGGUUCCAAAGAAAGGCAAGAAAAAGAAAGUGAUUUUUUUAGAACCGAGUGAGCUACCAAAGGGAAAACGAAAAUUAAAGAAAGAAGAGAAGAAACCCAAGAAGCACGAGAAGAAAGCAGUCCAGGAGGAAAAGAAAUUAGGUAAAAAAGAGAAGGAGACAGAUUUGAGUAUGCUUCCAAAGAAAGAAGAGGCUGGGCCAGAAGAACCAGUUAGUGUUGAGAGGGAGAUGUCUUUUGAGGAGUGGAAGUCAUCUUGGGAAGAGUGGAAUGAAAUCCACAAAAAGACAGGUAUUACUUGGGAAGAAUGGAAGAAAGACUGGGACAGGAGAUAUCUUGAGAAAGAAAAAGAGAAAGAGAGAGCAGGGAAAGAAGAGGAAGAGAAAAGGAAAGAAGUGAAACUGAAAGAGAAAGAGGAAGUGUUGAAAGGGAAAAAGAUGAUGACAUGGGAUAAAUGGAGAGAGGUCUGGGAAAAGGAGUUGGCCCCCAAAGAAGAAGAAGAAGAAGAAGAAGAAGAAGAAGAAGAAGAAGAAGAAGAAGAAGAAGAAGAAGAAGAAGAAGAGAUACUCACAGAAGAGCAGAAACAGAUCCAAGAAGAACAUGAACAGGCCUGGAGAGAGAAGAAACAAGCCCAUGCUGAAAGACAACGAGCCAAAGCAGAGCGAUUACUAGCACAGGAAGAGGAGAAACUUGCACGAGAAGAGAAAAAUCUAGCCAAGGAAGAGAGAAAAUUGGCCCGAGAAUACGUGAAAAUGGCCCCCAAAGAUGGGAAACAGGCCAUUACAGAGAGGAAAAUUGCCCAGAAAGAGGAAAAACUGGCUUCAAGAGAGGAAAGGCUAAGCAGGGAAGCAGAACGUUUGGCCCAGAAAAGGAAGAAUCUGGCCAUGAGAUUGGAGAAAAUAGCUGGAGAAGAAGAGAAACUCGCAAAGAAAGGAGAGAAAAUUGCUGAGGUAAAACAAAUAUUGUCUGAGAAAAUGGGAGCAAUAGCCCAGAAGGAGAAAGAGCUGGUGUUGCAAGAAAAGGAGUUGGCUGAACAAAUAGAAGAAAUGGAAUGGGAUAUGAAGGAGUUGGCUUCUAAAGAAGAUGAACUGAAUCUGAAAGAAGAAAGAGUAGUUGAAGAAAAAGAGGAGCUAGCUGAAAGAGAGAAGGUAUUAAUCUUGCAGGAUGAAAAUCUGACUAAGAGAGAGAAAAGACUGUCUUGGGAAGAAUCACUGCUGAUCCAGGAAGAAGAGAAACUGAGCAAGAGCUCAGCAAAAAUGGAUCCUGCAGUGGUAGAUCAGGAAUGGAAAAGACUAGCUCAGAAAAGGGAAGCAUUAAUGCAAAACAAAGAUAAACUGAUCCAUGAAAGGGAUAGUCUGAUCCUUAACAAGGAACAAGUCAAAAGCAACAAGAAAAGAGUGGCUGUGGAAGAAAAAGGUAUAGCUCAGGAAAGGAAAUAUCUGGCUCAGGAAAAGGAAAAAUUUCCCCUGAAGAAAAAGAUUCUUCAGCAAGACAAAGAAAGACUCCUUAAAGGAAGAGAAGAACUAAAUCAAAUAAAGAAGAAACUGGAGCUAUUCAAGGAUAAAGUGGCUCAAGUAGAGGAGCAGCUGAAACAGGACAAGGGGGCAGUGACUCAGAAGAAGUUACAUAUUAUUGUUUCAGAGAAGAAACUGGCUCAAGCUGGUAAAACUUUAGCUGAAAAACAGGAGCAAUUGGCCAAGGAAAAAAUAGAAUUAAUUGCAGAAAAGAAGCUCAUGUUCCAGGAAAAGAAACUGCUCAGAGAAGAGCAGGAUAUUGUUAGAGAAGAAAAGGCACUCAAGAUAGAAAUGAAAAAAUUGUCCCAGGAGAAGAAGAGGCUGGUUGAGGAGCUUCAAAUUCUCUCCAAGGGAGACAUUCAGAAAAUUUCAAGAGACAGAGCAGCAAUUGAUCGUGACAUAGGCAUAACAAAGAGGAAACUGUCACUAGAGGAGAAAAUACUCACAUAUGAAGAUAGGCUGCUGGCCACAGAGGAAAGGGACAUUGCCAAAGGAAACUUGGAGUUAACUACAGGACAGCGGGUAUAUGCCCAGGAAGAAAGGAAGUUAGCCAAAGCAGUAGGGAAAAUGGUUCUAGAAAAGCAGGAAAUGGCCAGGGAGCCAAAAAAAGCAAAGACUUUCUUAAAGGCACUUCAAAAAUUAAUCAGUAACGAAAGGAAAAUAACCCAGGAAGAACUAAAGAUGGCCAAGAUAAAGGGGGCACUCUUUGCUAAGGAGCACAGAUUAAGUAAGGAAGAGGACAGACUAGAUGUCAAAGACUGGGAUUUUGCUGAGGAACAACCAGAAAUGACUGAAGGUGAGAAGAAACUGGCCAAAAAGCAGAGAAAACUGGCCAAGGAAAUGAGAGAAAUGAUAGGCUUAGAGGAAAAAGUGGCCGAACAAGAAAGUAAAUUGGCCAAAGAGCAGAGAGAAUUCAUGCAGAUUAAGGAAAUAGAAACAAUAGUAGAGGAAGAAGAAGAAAGCUCAUUCUUUAAAAAGAGGUGGGAAAAGAGAAAACAGUUGAGGAGACUUUCUGUCAAAAAAGGAAAGCUUUUUGGUGAAGAUGAGCUCGCAAAUGUAGAGACAGAAAUGGAAGCCCUAUUAGACAAUGUGAGGCAAGUGACUUUGACUGAGGACGAUGAGGAGGAGCAGGAAGAGGAGGAAGAAACAGAGGAGGAAGAGGAGGAGGUAGAAGAAGAGGAGGAAGAGGAAGAGGAAGAAGAGGAGGAGAAAAUGGAAGAGGAGGAAGAGAAGCCCACGGGGGAGGGGGAGGAGGGGGAGGAGGUAGAAAAAAGGAAGAGGAGAAGGAAGAAAAAGAAGUUGAAGGAAGAGGAAGGGUUUGAAGAGGAAGAAAGCAUAAGUGAGGAAGGCAGUGUGGGUGAGAGAGAAGAGGAGGAGGAAGAGGAGAUAAGCCCAACAGCAGGCAGUAUAAAAGAGAUCUUAAGAAGACAAAAGAUGUUUAAGUUACUAGAAGAAAGAGAAAAGUAUUUACAAAAACAAGGACUGAUGCCUUCUAUUAAAGUAAGUAUGCCUAAGAUCAAAGGCAGUGCUAUAGACCUAGGUGUGAAGACCUCUGCCAGAAAACUGAUCCCCCCAUCUCUGGAGAUGGGAGGGAAGAGAUUACCAAGAAUGCCAUUUCCAGAAAAACCAGCCCUCUUCGGGGAAGAACAUAUCCCAGUACUGGAGACACGCAGGCUAUUCCCACCGGCAUACCGAGAAUUGGAGAAAUUUCAGGCCUUGCCUUUACCCAUAUCAGAGACAGUUGAAGAGCCCCAUAAGGAGAUACAAAUCAAGACACCAGCCAUCUCCCACCUUUUUAGGAAGCUCGGGGAAGCUCGUAAAGCCAAACACUUGACACCAGAGGGGACGUGGAAAUUGCUUGUGAAGCAUCAUCCGUCUGUGACAGAACAGGAUAUGAUGAAAGUUACUCCCCAUGCUGCCAUGGAGGAACAAUAUCCGGAGGUUGGCCUCUCUGAUAUAGAGUGGAUGCACCAUGUUGUCGAACUGCUGCAAGCAGGAGAACAGCUUCCCAGAGACAGUUUCCACAGACUGUGUCAGCUCCUCAGAGACCUCACCUCCCAGGGAGACUUAGAGUGGCUCCAUCUGGCUGUACUUGAAGCCAUCGUGCACCAUCACAAGCAGGCCCUGGAGGCACGAAGCACAAGUAUGCCCCAACCCGGUAGGGAGUCUGUGAGUCCAAAAUACCUGAAAGUGAUUCCCCCUAUAAAAGGAAAACAGAAAGGUAGUGGACUUGAACCUUUGACUGGCCCAACACUAGAGUUCACAGCAACUACUAAGAGGAUCACAAAACCAAAGGCUACAAACCUGGAUCUUUUAGGAGAACCUUACAGGAGUGCCCGGAUACAGGAGUUAUCCAAUAUUAUAAAAAAAAUGGAAAUGGAACACUUUUAUCCUAUCACAAGAGAUGUUUUCCCAGAUGCCCAAAGCCCUGCAGACAGACAAACCCUGGCACUCAUGCUUCAGAAAGACUUAUGGGACUUGAAGGGGAAAAGCAAGUAUCCCAAACUGCCCAAAUUGGAUGAGGAGGAGGAGGAAGAGAAGAUGGAGCCCACAAGAGAAAAGAGAAAGAUACUCCCAUGGGAAACAUUUGUGGCUCUGUACCAUGUUUUGCGGCUGCUGCUGCAGCGUUAUGGCAAAGACACAGCUGUGUGGAUGGAACAGUUUCGCCAUGUCAUGGAGCUCUAUCACCUUAAGUCCCCUCGAAUCCAGAGGCUGCUACAGGAGAUGGUAGUGAAAGGGGGACCUCAACCCCGAGAAACCAUGUACCAAGAGGCCCUGAAGGCCAUAGACCUAGUACCCGGGGAGAGGUUGUUCUACUGCCUGAUCUGUGGGGGCACUCAUUUUCCUGCAGCUUCCUUCAAAUUCCGCGGUGUGAUACCUCUCCCUGGACAGAAUAAUGUACACACCAUUCUUCCCGUAGGUAUUGCCCAGUAUGGGAUCUUAGAACUUGCCUGGAGGAGCCUGCCCUAUGCAGAUAAUCACCUCACUACAAAAUUACCCGACCGCAUUGCUCCUACUCUGAUUUGA